AUGGACCUGGUACCAGCGCCAAGCGGGGAGAGCUCGUCGUUGAAGAAUCCGGUGGUUGAAGUGGAAGCCAUCGAUAUGGCCUCGGCGGAGGUGGAAGGGAAUAAUAAUAUCAAGGCAGAGAAUACGGUCGCUGUGGAAGAAGAGGUAUCUCAGUCCGAGUAUGAGACGGACAGUAAUGAAUCGGGCGAUGAAUGGGAGACCCAAUCUUUAUACGAAGACGCUAUUCAGGUCCUGCGCGAUGAGCAACUGCGCGACGGCGGAGUGCCUGGCGCCUGUACAUUAGAAGAGGCGGUUGCCUUUCGACAACGGCUUCAUGAUAUAGGCAAGGCGGCGUUUGUCGAAGAGACGAUUGCUCGCGAUACAGUCACCGCAAAGAAACUGUGCACUGCAUUUGGAAUUCUCCCACCCCCUUUCCUUGAAGGCGCACCCGAUGAGGCCUAUCAUCCACUUCUGGCUAUUGCGAUCUCUCGCGAAUUCUCCCGGCGUCAGAAGCUUCCCCAGUACAAUUCGAUUGAUGAUGCUGUCCGGUUACUGAAAGAGUCCAAGAAUAUCAUUGUCUUGACAGGCGCGGGGAUCUCCACCAGUCUUGGAAUUCCUGAUUUUCGGUCCAAGGACACUGGUCUUUAUUCGCAGCUGGAGCAUCUGGGUUUGAGUGACCCCCAGGAGGUCUUUGAUAUCCAUAUCUUUCGCGAAGACCCGAGCAUAUUCUUCUCGAUUGCAAAGGAUAUCCUGCCUAUGGAAAGGAAGUUCUCGCCAACCCAUGGAUUCAUUCGACUUCUUCAGGACAAGGGCAAACUGUUGACCAACUACACCCAGAAUAUUGACAACAUCGAAGCCAAUGCUGGAGUCCUUCCGGAGAAAAUCGUACAGUGUCACGGCUCAUUUGCAACAGCUACUUGCGUCAAGUGCAAUUACAAGGUUCAGGGUGAUGCGAUCUUUGAUGAAAUCAAAAAAGGCGCUAUUCCGGAAUGCGAUUCCUGCAAGAAACUACUCGCGGACGACGCGCUGAGGCCUCAGGGGCUGAAGCGGAAGCGCAGUUCCAACGGCGCGCAGAAGAACCGAAAGGAUAAUAACGAGGACAGCUCUGAUGAAGAAGAUUAUGAAAUACCUACUCCUGGGGUGAUGAAGCCUGAUAUCACCUUCUUUGGCGAGGACCUUCCCGAUGAGUUCGGGCGUCGUCUCCUCCAUCACGAUCGUGACCAGGUAGACCUGGUAAUCGUCAUUGGAACUUCGUUAAAGGUAGCACCUGUCGCAGAGGUUCCAGGUGUGCUCCCCCGAAAUGUUCCUCAGAUUUACAUUUCGCGUACUCCUGUGUCGCAUACUGGCUUUGAUAUAGAUUUAUUAGGGGACUGCGACGUGGUGGUCUCGGAGCUCUGUCGUCGGGCUGGCUGGGACUUCAAGCAUGAGAUGAUCCCCGCCGACGAGAAGGUCGAAGUUGCCCCCGUAGAGGGAUAUGAAUCACGACAUGUACUUCAUCCAGACCGAGUGGUGGAAGUGAGGUUCGAGAUGGAGUAUCUCAUCCGCUUCGCACAGACUCAUGAGAGCUUUCGCGUGCCAGAAAUUGAGGCUCUGGCGACACUGGCUGGCAUCGAUAUUGAGAUCCUGUCUUAUAAUGAGUUUAGACCAUACUGUCUUGUAAGACUGAAAAAUAUAGAAGCAGCGCGCGCCUUGGUUAGGCGCAGCAUUCUGGCAAAGGAUAUUUUCGAGCUCUGGGGUCAAGGAACCAACUAUGACGAAGUCCACGCUGACGUCCGCAGGCGGACGCAGGAUCGCUGGAAGGACUAUAAGGACUCGUCGUUUCGCUUCAGCUUUGACACUUUUGCCUGGAGACGCAAUCAGCAGUCGAAGAAGGAGGUUAUUCAGAGCUUUGCCUAUUUGGGCUUCGAAGGUCCGAUUCGGCUCAAGGGCCCCGAUGAGGACUUUUGGGUCUUUGAGGAAUACAUCUCAGAUGUCGAGGGCAUGGCUACUGGAACGACCCCAAGCUCAGAAUUGAAGACAGAGACGCAGGAGCCCCAGAAGAUCUACUUUGGACGUUGGGUUGAAGACAGUGAUCGGGAUGCUAUGGUCCGGUAUGACCUCAAAAAGCGCCGGUACAUCAGCACGACAUCCAUGGAUGCAGAGCUGAGUCUUGUCACGGCCAAUAUGGCUCUCGCGGCACCUGGAAAGCUGUUCUACGAUCCGUUUGUUGGAACAGGGAGCUUUUGCGUUGCUGCCGCCCAUUUUGGGGCCUUGACGUUUGGAUCCGAUAUUGACGGGCGAAGUUUCCGCGGCAAAGAGAUGGCGCAAGGAAAGCCGAUGGGACUGUACUCUAACUUUCAGCAGUAUGGUAUAGUGAGCAAGUUCGUGGAUGCUUUUACCUCGGAUCUGACCAAUACGCCUCUACGCAAGUCGCCAUUCCUCGACGGCAUCAUCUGUGACCCUCCCUACGGUGUCCGUGAAGGACUCAAGGUUUUGGGAACCCGUGAUGGACGUGCAAAGGAAGCGCUUAUUAUUGAUGGAGUUCCAGCCCAUUAUCGACCCGAAUACGUUGCACCCAAGAGACCUUAUGGUUUCGAAGCAAUGCAAAACGAUAUCCUCACCUUCGCCUCCGAAACUCUAGUGACUGACGGUCGACUAUCCAUGUGGAUGCCAACAGCCAGUGACGAAGACGUGGAGCUGACCAUCCCGAUGCACCCGAAUCUGGAAGUCGUCAGUGUUUCAGUGCAGCCAUUCAACAACUGGUCUCGCCGGCUUAUCACUUAUCGCAGACUCCCCGAGGGGCAGGUUUCAGAUGUCUCUUCACGACGACAGAAGAAUGAUGACCAGGGAAUGUAUGCAGAUGAGCUGAAUGCAUUCAGAAGAAAGGUAUCACAAAAUAAACCAAACAAACAAGACAUCUAUCUACAACUUCCCUCUCUCCCUCGAAUCCAUAUCCAAAUCCACCCCCUCAACAUCCUUAACGCGCUUCACCUCCCUAGCCAACUCCCCCCGCAUCAACCCAGCCAAUUUCUCCCCCUCCUCAUCAUCAAGCUCAUCCCUCUGCCCACGACCAAACAUGACAAAACUCAUUUUGCCACCCGUAGGCGUCGCGUCGAGCGGUGGUCUCGGCACGAUAUGGAAAUGAACAUGGGGCACCUGUUGUGCUGCUUGUACGCCUGCAAAAUACGUUUGAUUUAG